GAACGCGAAGCCGUAUAAGGGUGUAAAGUACAUGACGAAGGGAACUGAUAUUGUAAUUAGAGGUUGAUUGUGUAUAUAUUUGUAGAAUUUAUGAUUGCUAUAUUCUCUAUAUGUGUCUGCUGCCUUGUCUAAACCUUAUCUAAAGUCCCAUCUCAGCCGUGAUCCUCCCAACUCUUCUAUUCCACCGUUCACCACCCACUUCACUUUGUCUAUAACACCUCUGAUCCACCUCAAUUACUCAAACUACUCUUCAAAAACAUCAUCAGAAAUGUCGGCGCCUGCGUACUCGCAAUCAGACCACGGCGUGCUCGAGCUCUCGAACGUCAUCAAAACCCUCCGCGCUGCGCUCGCCGCUCACCCACACUCGAUCUCGUCAGCCAGCGAAUUCCUCGCCCUGAUCUGCCACGCUUCCAUGCUCGCAGUCGGGUUCGAGUAUCUCCCCAGCAGCAGCAGCAGCAGCGAAGAUGCUUCUACUUUGACAACAUCAACAACAGCAACAGAGCAGCAGCAGACACCGCCGCGCAUCCCUGACUUUAGCGCGUCAGCAACGCAGUUCUCGUUUAGGUACAAGCACACGCAGUCCGCGCUAUCGCCGUUCCUGCUCAGCGCGACGAAGCUGGGGCCGAAGCUGAUUAUCUCGGCGCUGUCGGAGGGAAACGACGAGGUUACGCAUUUGUUUGAAGUGCGCGUGGCGCAGCUGGUUUCGCAGGCGGUCUCGUUUCCUCUUACGCUGCCUGACGCGGACGCAGGUGUGGGUGCAGCAGAGGAUGGCGGGCUGGCAGCGGUAUCUGACGCGCUUGAUCCUAUCGCGCUACAGGCCUUCAUCACCACGUUCAAAAAGACAAUAAUCCAGGCUCUAGUGCCGAACCUGCAAAAGGACGGGUACACCGAAGACCGCGCCGCCUCCUCCACCUCCACAUCCACAACCCGCGAAACCGACUCCUUCAACAACCAGCCCCCGCCUCCAUAUCCCGACACCUCCUCCUCUUCACGCAUCCCCCCAUCCACAAACCCAGACCUCGCUCACCCGCGCGUGCCGCGUCCGUUCCCACUCGCACCCGGCACCACCGCGCCGCCGCCGCUGACAACAGGCCCGCCCGGGUUCGAGGACGAAUACGAGAUCCUGAACGGUCCCCGCGGUUUAUCACGCGACGACCGCGACCGCGACUUUCGCUCUCCUUUCUCGAUCGGUGAUGAUGAUCUCUACCCGCCCGGCAUCGGGCCCCAUCCCAGCUUGACCCCGGGACUUACCUCACCCUACGGCGGCGGGGGGGCAAGAGGCAUGUACCCGUCCGCCGACCAUCCUUUGUUCGCAGGCCGCGGCAGCGGCGGGGGUACGACGUCCGGCGUGGGCGGGUUCAGACCUCCCGGCGCGCGAUGGGAUCCGCCUAUGGAUCCGGCGGGCGAGGAUCCGGAUAUGAUGAUGGGAGGAGGUGGGGGGUUGCGGAUGCCGGGUAUGGGAGGACGAAGGCAAGGUGGUGGGGGAGGGGGAUUUGGAUUUCCUGGGGCGGGGGGGUUUGGCGGUAGUGGUGGAUUUGGAGGAAGUGGAUUUGGGGGCGGUGGAUUUAUUUGAAAGGAAGGAGUGUAGUGAAUGACUUUACGAUCGUUUGGAGUUUUAGCAAUAUGAAGAGAAGUGUAUCUAUAUUCUCUAAAAAAGUGGUAUCUGUGCAUGAAAGAAGAAAGAAAGGUAUUCUCGAACCCAACGAGAAUAAUAGAAAAGGCCCAAGCAU